GCUUUUAAUGCAAGUUCGGUGUCGGGCAGAUACGUUUUAGCAGAGAGCAUAUCGGCAGUUAAGCAGCAGAAGAUCGAUUCCUUUGAAAGUACCCUUGCCCUGGUUCCCUCGGAAGGUCGUGGCGAGCAGGCCUCGGUUUGGAGACCCCGCGGUAGAGCACAGGUGCAGCCGUGUGCCCGAGGCCAGAGGACACUGUGACUUCGGGCAGGGGCCUUAUCACCUCCCUGAGGCUCAGCCUCUGCUGCUUUUCGUAGACAUGAAAACCGGGAGGGCCAGGAGUCCGAGCCCUUAUCGUGAGGGCGGUCUAAGGAGGGUUCGAAAGGCGCUGUGUAAAGGGGGCGCUAGGGAACCCACAGUGUUGGCCCUGUAACCUGGAGCUAGGGACGGUGGAGUUGCUUCUACCCCUAGACCCAGAGGAUAAGGACAGGGGCCAGUUACCAGAACCAGAGGAGAGCGGUGUAGACAGGGCCUCCUUGACUGGAGGGGUGACCUUCUGUCUAGGGAACACAGGGGAGCGGGGACAUCAGCAUCCCGCCUGCCUGCUCCUGCCAGUCUCUGCCAGAGGGCAGGGUAGCCAAGGGUAGUCACGCAGGGCAGGCUUUUGAAAUGGCUGGAUGGAAUGUGGGUCUAGAAAAGCAAACAGAAGACAUCCAACCUGCGGCACUGCCCCCUCAUAGGUUUGUAAGGAAUACACUUAAAAAUGUCUGUAGGAGGUUGUUAACCUAAAAAUAAAGAGCCAGAAUGCGAGGCUGAGAGGGGUUUAUUUCCAGAUCAAAGAAGUGCAGUUUGGGUAGAAACCCAAAUAGUGUCCUGAUUACAGGAGACGGCCUCAGGGUUUCCACGGGAAAAGAAAGGAAGGUGAGGUUGUGUGUCCCCACUGCCAACAAGCCCGGUUCCCAUUGCGAGAGGGUGGAUGGCAUCACUGUCCAGCGGGCUUGGCCUUGGGUGUGCUUCUAUUGAUUGGGAGCCAUGAUUCCUUCGAGGCUUUUCUCAGCAAGACUGAGGGUGUUGGAGGGCAUGGGGCGCUGGACUCCAUCCACGCAAGCGGUCCUUGGGCCUGGCUGGCUCCUUCCACAGCAUGCUUCUCCCCGGCUGCUCUCGGUCAGCUGUGCAGACAGUGCCAAGCAUCAGGAACCCCGCAGAAAGAAACUGCUCUCUGAGAAGCAACUGAAAAGGCAUUUUGUGGACCAUCGCCGAGUGCUUGUCCGAGGGGGACGCGGAGGUGACGGGGUGAGCUGCUUCCACAGUGAGCCCCGGAAGGAGUUUGGAGGCCCCGAUGGUGGCGACGGAGGCAACGGUGGCCACGUCAUCCUGAGAGUUGACCAGCAAGUCAAGUCGCUGGCAUCAGUCCUGUCGCGGUAUCAGGGUUUUGAUGGAGAAGACGGUGGCAGGAAAAACUGCUUUGGGCGAAACGGCGCUCUCCUCUACAUCCGGGUCCCCCUGGGCACUUUAGUGAAGGAGGGACACGAAGUUGUGGCGGACCUGUCGCACCCGGGUGAUGAGUACGUCGCCGCUCUUGGGGGAGCAGGAGGGAAGGGCAACCGCUUUUUCCUGGCCAACGAUAACCGCGCCCCUGUGACUUGUACCCCUGGACAGCCCGGUCAGGAGCGAGUCCUCUUCCUGGAGCUCAAGACAGUGGCCCACGCUGGGAUGGUGGGAUUCCCCAACGCAGGCAAGUCCUCGCUCCUCCGGGCCAUUUCAAACGCGAAACCCACCGUGGCUUCCUACCCAUUCACUACCUUAAACCCCCACGUUGGGAUUGUUCACUAUGAAGACCACCAACAAAUAGCAGUGGCCGACAUCCCGGGCCUCGUGCGGGGCGCGCACCGGAACCGGGGCCUGGGCUGCGCCUUCCUCAGGCACGUCGAGCGCUGCCGCUUCCUCCUGUUCGUGGUGGAUCUUUCGGUGCCAGAGCCCUGGACUCAGGUUGAGGACCUGAAAUAUGAGCUGGAGAAAUAUGAAGAAGGCCUGUCUGCGAGGCCCCACGCCAUCGUCGCAAACAAGAUUGAUCUCCCUGAGGCGAGAGCCCGUCUGCCCCAGCUGCAGGCUCGCCUGGGCCAGAAGGCCAUCGCUCUGUCGGCGGCGACCGGGGAGAACCUGGAGGAGCUGCUGCUGCGCCUGAAGGACCUCCACGAGGAGCACGUGGCCAACGAGCUGGCGCGCGGCCGGCAGCCGCUCAGGUGGUAGCGGUGGGCUGCUGCCCAGCAAAGACCUGACUCGGCGCCAAGAACGCAGCUUCCGCAGAGCUGGAGGUGUUCGUGCACCUGCCCUCCCCAGUCAUCCCGGGCCCCCCCUCUGAUGCGCCCCCUGCUCCUGGGGCCCCUUCAGUGGCGGACACUUGUGCCACCUGACAGUCUGCUCCCCAGUGCUUCCCACCCCCCGCAGCGGCAUGCUGUUGCUGAGAUGGGCUCGUUUGUGUUCAUGAGUGCCCCUAGUUAGCAGGGCCCACGCUGCUGGCUGGCGUUAUCAGAUGCUGCGGAGCGUGCUCAGAGGACACAUGGCAGCUGGCGCCCCAGGUGUGCUCUCGGGCUCCUGGGCACUAACCCACCCAUGUCUGCGGCUGUCGCAGAGGUAGGCUCCGAUCCAGAGCUGUCGCCACCCUGCAGAGUGGCUGUUCCUGUGGGGACGUGCUGUGCUGCGGGAGGGUGAGGGGACAGGAAGGCUUUGCAAGCACCGAGCCGUGGAAGGAUGCCGGUGCAAAGCUCCUCUGGGUGCGUUGCCGCCGUCAGGAAGGCGGUGAGGGCCGCGCCCCCUGUUCCAGACGCCGCGCCCUGCUCCCUCGGAGCUGAGGGCCGGGGGAGAGCCACGCCAUUCGCGUCACGGCUGAGUGCACCCAAUAUCCAACCCCAGGAUGCGCUGCCUGCCUCAGUCUGUGUGCAAGGGCGUUAGUAACUACGGCGGCGGGGCCCAGGUAGCUGUCCCCCACAGGUGGCCCAAGUCUAGAGAGAAAAUGGCGGCGACAUCUCCCGGGCGGCGGGCUGAAUCUCCCCUCUCCUCCCGGUGGCAAUCUGAGAGCACACGGGCCCUGGGCCAGCCUCUUACCAUCCUGGCUGGCCCCUGGCAGUCAGUUCAGAGAGCCCUGUGGGACCGACUCCAGCACUCCUCAGGGGAUGGCAGCCAGAGGACCGCCAUGCUGGGGAAGCCACCUCUUCGCUGUCAUGUGGCUCAAGUCUUUGUGCUCAAGUGUUCCUUGGGAGCCGCACCCCCGCUCCUGGCAUCCAGUGGCUGCAGAUGGACCCCGUGAGGACAGCUCCACUGCUGCCAACUGGCUCAUCCAACAAAAUACUGUAGAACUUUGGUAUCCCGCAAAUAAAGGCUGAUGCCUCUGACACGUCCCUGAGGGCCCUUAAGGGAUGAAGUGGUCCCCAGGAGAAGGCCCUGGGCCCUUGGGGAUCAGCCUCCGGGUCCUGGGGUGGCCUGGCUGCUGGUGCGCUCGGGUUUCCUUUCUGCACGCGGGUCUGGGCGGAGCACAAGCCAGGCCCGAGCUUCGGGAAGCAGUUCAGUUCUGAUCUCACUUCAAGUCUGCGGCUAGACUGGGAGUCCGUCCCUGAAGCUUUGUCCUAAUGUCUCGGAGUCUAAGAGGCCCUUGCAUCCUGGAACCAGAGGUGGGUCCUGCGUCCGUUGGCUCGCUCUUGGGCCACCCACUGUGUUCGUAGAGUAACGCCGGGUCUGAGCAGCAUUAAUUAUCCAUGGUCUUUCAUCUUUGUCUCCCGGUGCUCUGUGGAGGGAACGCUCCAGAUGCCUCCCUGAGGCUGACCCCAUCACGGAACACUCGGAUGGCAAGAGACCUCUGGAGGCCAGUGUGUCUGUGCUGUUCUCAGCUCUGACCCAGAGGAGGCUCCCAGUAGGUAUUUGUGGAAUGAAUGAAUGAGUGGAGGCUGAUAGUUAGGUUUCUGGUUGGUUGAAAAUGUUUCUAAAAGGUGAGUGGUGGGUGCUCAGA